GUUUAUCCAGCGUGCUAGAUGAUCCCAAGUCAGCCGGUGUGGCCACUUUCGUCAUCCAGGAAGAAUUUGACCGCUUUACGGGGUAUUGGUGGUGUCCAGCGUCUUCCCAAGAAGGACCCGAAGGCUGGAAGACAUUCCGAAUUCUGUAUGAGGAAGUCGAUGAAUCCGAGGUGGAGGUGAUUCACGUCCCUUCGCCGGCCCUGGAAGAACGGAAAACAGACACAUACCGGUAUCCCAGAACAG